AUGUGUGUACGCACGCAAUUGCACGCUGCCGCGUCGAGCUGCAAUCUCUCUGUACCAACGCUCUCUUGUUUGCUGGCUCGGUUGUUGGAAGAGAUUGGUUAUAAGGGCACUGUUGGGCCUAUUACGCUAUACGAAGAUAAUCAGUUGGCUCCGUACUGGGUAUAUGGAAGAUCGCUAGUAGCACUAUUGUCAUUACUUAGAUUAGUAUACUGCAAGGCCGCUAUCAAAAGCGCCGCUCAGCCUACUACCAAUUUAACUGCCUGUUUCCACCCACCUAACACCCCUUUGUUUGCUUUGGCCCUUUGGCCUGCUUUGUUUGGCCGUAUGUACGCGAUAAGGGGGUCUGUUACGUACAUGAUGCCUAAGGCUGCAACUGCACACUUCAUCUUUGGGCUUUCUGUAGAUUGGCCCUCUUCUGAAUACAUCAUCAGUUACAUCUCAAGUAGUACUGGCUCGCGCUUUCGCUUUGCUCCCGGUCUUGAAUGGCAUGGAAUGAUAUGGAAUGGCAUGAUAUUUGGAGGUCGUAUUGCUAGGACGCGCGGAGGAAUAACUUAUGGGGAGCUCAUGCAGGGAGCAGAGAAGAGGAAAGCUGAGAGCUACAGAGGCUCUGGUUCUCGAGCCGCUCACGACCAACAGUACGACCACACAGCCAGCGAGUCGCUUACCGCCAGCGCCACGACCACGCAGCUAGCGAGCCGCUCACGAUCGAUCGUCUGCGGCUGGCUUCUUCAUUCAGCCGUGAUCUGUGAAGAAAGAAGCGACGAGUACCGAGCGACGACGAGCACCGAGCGGGCCAGGACGACGAACGCAAUAUUCGCUGCCUGCGCUUUCCUGGAUCUCUGCGAGUGCUCGAUACAAAGCGUCCCACAAUUCGAGCCUUCCGCGGCUAGCGCGUACCUAGAGGAGUGCGAGCGAAGCUUUCGCCUCAUUCUAAGCUCUAUCAUCGUGUUACCUGCCUUCGUCGUAUGGUCGUAUGGUCGUAUCGCCCUAUCGCCCUAUCGCCCCUUCGCGGUGUGGCUGUCGCCGCUUCUGCAGCCUGAUGUAGUGUCUGGUGAGAACCUCUUCCAGACACCGAAGUAUGCUCUGCACUUGCGCGACCUAGUAAGUCCUUGUCCUUUGCAUCGUCCAUACCGGCGAUUGCGAAUCAAGUUCCCAAUCAAUGAGGCGGUACAAUGUGACAAGAACCAGAAAUCUUGA